CCACUUCCUCUCUUUCAUUCUCCCCCCAACGAUGGCGCGUCCUUUCCCUUACGCCUUCAUUGCCUGUCCCUGCGCCGAUUCGCCCAUUCCCGACUCCCUGGACGACGACCAGACGCUGGACCCGCGAUCGCCGCGCUCCAACUUCUCGUUGUAUCCGCCCGAACAGCUACUCUACUGUGAAGACUGCCACCAGAUAAAGUGCCCGCGAUGCAUUACCGAGGAGAUUGUGUGCUGGUAUUGUCCCAGCUGUCUGUUUGAGACCCCGAGCAGCAUGGUGCGCAGUGAAGGCAAUCGAUGCGCGCGCAAUUGCUUCAACUGCCCCGUCUGCACCGCUCCCCUAGCUGUUACGACCCUCGAGAAUGCCACCGGCAGCCAACAAGGCCCCUGGGUGCUGGCCUGUUCGUACUGCAUGUGGACCACGCUGGACGUGGGCCUGCAGUUCGACAAGCCCACCAACCUGCGCGCGCAACUGUCCAAGAUGACCGAUGUGUCGCGUGGUCGCCAACCGUCCAAGACCUUCAGCGAUCUCAAAUCCCCGCUGGCCACCUCCGCCUCCAUCGAUGACCAGUUCGACAACGCCUCCUCCCCCAAUCCGCCUUCCACUCCGGCUCCCGAGGGUCCUCUCGCCCCGGAUGCCCGCUUCGCCGCCCUCAAGUCCUUCUACAAGAAUCAAUUGGCUGCCGUAUCCUCCUCGUCGACCGACCCUGACCUCGGGUCCCCCGGUGCCCUGCACCGUAUCAUGUCGCUCUACGCCUCGUCCAGUCGGUUUAGUCUAUACCCCGGCGCCGGCAAGAAGCCCAAAUCGCGGCCGCCGGUCAUGCGCGAGGCCAUCUCCGCCAGCGAGGGCCUAAAGGUCCCCGGCCCGGACGCUGACGACGCCGUCAUCCAGCGCUUGGUGGCAGAGGACGGCGGCUGGGACUCCGUCGCCUCGCUUGAGCAGCGCCGCUUCCAGUCGCCGGAUGCCCGCUUCGUCGACGAUCUCCUGCCGCUGCCGGUGCUCCUGCGCACGAAACGGUCCAAACGGUGCAAAUCAUGCAAGCACAUCCUGGUCAAACCUGAGUUCAAGCCGUCGUCGACCCGCUUCCGUAUCCGCCUCAUCGCCCUGAGCUAUAUCCCCUUACCCACUCUGCGACCAUUGAUCCCGACCCCAGGGUUGAUCCCUCCUCCGUCCGCGGUGGCCGCCUCGGUGGCGCCCAACCUCGACGCUCUGCCGCCGCUCAAGCCCGUGCAGCUGCUCCUCACGCUGAAGAACCACAUGUUCGACCCCGUGCGCGUCACGCUGGCCACCCCCUCCGUGACCCCCGGCCGCGUCGCCUCCCGAGUCACCAUCCUCUGUCCGCAAUUCGAUCUGGGCGCCAACAGCGACGUCUGGGACGAAGCCCUGCAGGGCGCCACUCCGGCUGGCGGCGGCGCGUCCUCGACUGGCACGGCGAACGACCCGCGCUCCUCGCGAUCCGGCACCAUUGGCGGCUCCGAGAAAGUCGCCGAGGCGGGCAAAGUGUGGGAUAAAGGUCGCAACUGGACCACCGUGGUGCUCGAGGUCGUGCCCGGUCCGUUACCGGGUGGUGCCACGAAAUCCACCCCCACGGGGGCAGGUGGUGCAGGGGGUGACAAUGAUGACGAGGGGAAUAAGAACAAGGACAGUGACGACGAAGAUGAUGACGAUGACGAUGACGACGAUGACAGUCUACCGGACAUGAAGAAUCUCGACUGGAGCGGGCAGAACACCGACCCGGGGCAGCAGUUACAAGCCGACGAAGAUAUCCUAGAGAUCCCCGUGUUUGUGCGCAUGGAAUGGGACUCGGAUAACCAGAUUGACGAGCACGGCGGCGGUCACCAGAGUUCGGAUACGGUGAAGAGGGAAUUGGCGUAUUGGAUGGUGUUGGGGGUAGGGAGGAUUUCCAAGGAAGUGACUGCCUAGUUGUAGAUAUGCAUUGUGUCGAUUUUAGAGGUCCUUGGAUUUUGUUAAAUACCCAUAUUU